GGUGGUUGCGACACACACGCUUGACCCAUGCCCAUAUUAUCAAUAAAAGAUAAAUACAGGACAUAAAAAUAAGUUCUUAGAUAUAUUUAUUCGCUGUUGUGGACCUUAAUGGUCAAAAUACCGUCCCUUUAAUGAUAGGUUUGAGAUAUUCAGUAAGGACUUAAACCCCCGUGCUGUUCUUGUGUUGAUUUCGAGUAAACCCCGGAAACUGUAUUGUGUUUACCUUUAUAACUGCGGUGGGUUUGACGGGAAUGGCAGACGACGCUUUGUUCGAGUUUCUCCACAUGGAGAUUGUGGCACACGUUUACAGGGAUCAGCAAUCCAUUAAAGGAGAGGCGGAUAACAAGGACAGGUCCUCCCGUGUUUCUAUUUUAGAGGGGAUGGGCUACAGAGUGGGACAAGGGCUUAUUGAGAGGUUGACGAGGGACUCCCCCUGCUUCAAAGAUGAGUUAGACAUAAUGAAAUUUAUUUGCAAAGACUUCUGGACAAAAGUAUUCAGGAGGCAGGUGGACAAUCUCAGAACCAACCAUCAGGGCACCUAUGUAUUGCAGGACAACAAAUUUAAUUUGCUGACACAACUGUCUAAUGGUAAACAGUAUUUGGAUCAAGCGCCUAAGUACCUUGCCUUUUCAUGCGGUGUGGUGAGAGGAGCGCUGUCAAAUUUAGGUCUUGAAAGUGUGGUUACAGCUGAGGUCUCUGUCAUGCCAUCAUGUAAGUUUCAAGUGGUGAUCCAGAAAUUAUGACAAGGUCCCACCUUGCUGCUUAGUUGAAGGUCCCAGGUCCUUCGUGUUCAGUUCUGAUGUCAAAAUGUAAAUUCCUUUCCAUUCUCUUCUUCCAUUCAUUGCUGCAACAACAGAAAGCAUCAAACAUAAUAAUGGGGCUAAAUGUACUACUACAAACUGCUUUUGUACUUGUAGAAAUUGGAUACAGCUCCUUGCUCAGCACUUCUCGUGUAAGCAAAAUGCUUUUUUUCAUCUAUUGUAUAAAAGUAAGAGAAACUAAGCCCCGGUCGGCUUGAUAGUGUAUCUUUUUGCAUUCAGUAAAUUAAUUAAUUCAUUCUUUCAGUAUUUGAUGUUCACAUGUAACUGUUUUACAGCACGCUAGAUUGAGCUUGAAGGGGAAAUCCACUGGUUUACAUGAUAAAUGUAUCCAAUAGGUCAUAUGUACCCUAUUUUGACAAUGUGAUGUUGAAUUCUCUCCCAUUUAAUGGUGUUUUGAGAAGAUUUUUAUCAACAAUUAUAAAUUUUCUGGUGCAUCCAUCGCCUUUGUUGCGAGUCACAUGACCUACGUGCGCAGAUGUGACGUGUUACGUGCCGUUCCAAAUGCUCGAUUACAUGGGACACCAUUAUGCCCAGUGCUGAUUUUUCAGAUUUAUCCUCAUCUGAUGAAGAAAUAGCAGUAUUGGUUGAUCAGGAAGACUGAGGAAUACUUCCAUACAGAACGGUGGAGACGUGAGCUUGCUCCCCGGCGACUCCAUCAGACUCCGCGUCGUUCCGCCCGAAGAACCAGCCGAAUAUUCAACGUUAUUUACAGCCACAUGUUCAAAUCUAUAUGGAAGUAUUCCGUCUUCCCGAUCAACCGAUGCUGCUAUUUCUUCAUCAGAUGAGGAUAAAUCUGCGCUGGGCAUAAUGGUGUCCCAUGUAAUCGAGCGUUAGGAAUGGCAAGUAACAUGUCACAUCCGCGCACGUAGGUCAUGUGACUCGCAAAAAUGGCAGCGCACUUGAAAAUUCGUAAUUGUCGAUAAAAAUCUUCUCAAAACACUAUUAAAUGAGAGAGGAUUUAUCAUUACAUUAUCAAGAUAGAGUACAUAUUACAUGACAAAUUGGAUACAUACAAACCACCGGAAUUUCCCUUUAAGAAAUUCAUUAGUGCAUCCCACGUUGUAGCUGCAGCCCUAAUGUAACACCAAUAAAAAAAUCAUUUUUUUAACUCUUUAUAACAGAAAUAUUUCUGUUUAUAACUACCCAUGAAUUUGCAGAUGAAUCACUUUACAACACAUGUGAAAACAAUAGUAAAUCAUGUUAUUUGUUGAUUGA